GUGGAAGAAACGCAUGAAAAUACACCGGAGCACACCCCCAGCAUCUUAAUGGCUUUAAGGCAGAACAUUCAGCUAUUGAACAUCCUGUCGCUAAGGAAUUCACCUUAGGUGUCCCCCACUAUUUAUUGGAUGUUAUUUUAAAUUAAACUAAGGAAACGAACAAGGUUCCUCUGUCAUGUCAUUUUGGACGAUCGGAGCAUACUAACAUGUCCAAACGCCAGUGAUCGCCGGCCAGAGGAGGCAGGAGUACUUUUCAAAUAGCUUAAUAUAAUCCAACGCACUUUAUGCAUAUUUGUGCGUAAAAAAAGGGAAAAUCAAUAUUUCUCUGCAGGUAGUUUUUAAUUUUUUUUCCUUCAUUAGAGGAGUGAUAUAGGCAGCUCUGACGUCUGCAUCAGAUAUCACCCACCGCUUUUUCAAUGUGCAUUUUCCCCUCAGUGACUUUGCGUUGAUCUACAUCAGCAGCAGCAGCAGCAGCAGCAGCAACCGGGGGGGAAGAAGAAGAGAAAGAAGAAAAAGGAAUCAAGAUUUCAUUUUCUUUUCUAUUUGAACCCACCGCCCCCCCACCCCCCUCUGCCCCCCUCCCACCCCACCCCACUCCACUCCAACACCCCACAAAUACACAUCAGCCGACCGCAGCUUUCAGCUCAGUCAAAUAUCCUUUAACAGCAUCACAUUGUGGGCAAAGACUGGCGCCCGGAGCGUCGCUGGAACCAUGCCUCUCCUGCAGAUCUGGACUGGGGAUUUUUAUUCACCGAUUUGAUUGUCAGGAGGCUGCUGCUUCAGCCAUUCAUGCCAGUGUUUGCUUUUUUUCUGCCUUUCCCCCCCUCCUUCCCCCCACAACUGGACUUGUCAUCACUUUUAAAAGUAUCCUGUAUGCUGUUCUUUUUUAUUCGAGCAAAGAUGUCUGAUCUUCUGGUGCUGGUCGAGGGACUCUGUGACCUGCACGGAUUUCCAUAGCUGAGGGAAAACAGCGGGGGCCAAAUAUCAGAUUUUUCUUUUGUUUUGUCCUUUAUAAUGAAGAAAUUGCAUGAGUAGAUGUAGGUGAGUUCAUUUGACUGGUUUAAAAGGGCAAUUAUUAUUAUUUUUUUAAUUGCCUGCUUUUAGUUUGUGCGUUUUGGGGGAGGACCACUGGACUGGUUGGAUUAUAGGAACUAUAAGGAUUCGUGGAGAUGUUGGGUCGUCAAGAAGAAAAAAUAUGUGGAAUUUCCUCUGCUUUGGCGGCUUUGUCAUUCCUAUGCUUUGUUCAAAGCUCCUCCACCGGAAGCAGCGGAAUGUCUGUGGCCAAGACUACCGUGGACAAGUUGCUGAAGGGAUAUGAUAUCCGUCUCAGGCCUGAUUUUGGAGGUCCUCCAGUCAUUGUAGGGAUGAGCAUCAAUAUAGCCAGUAUCGACUCCAUCUCAGAAGUAAACAUGGACUACACUAUCACAAUGUAUUUCCAGCAGAGCUGGAGAGACAAACGUUUGGCCUACGGAGAGCUGAACCUAAACCUGACUUUAGAUAAUCGUGUAGCAGACCAGCUGUGGCUCCCUGAUACCUACUUCCUUAAUGACAAGAAGUCCUUUCUUCAUGGUGUGACUGUGAAAAAUCGCAUGAUCCGGUUACACCCUGAUGGCACAGUACUAUACGGACUGAGAAUAACAACUACCGCUGCCUGCAUGAUGGAUUUAAGGAGGUACCCUCUUGAUGAACAGAACUGCACUCUGGAAAUUGAAAGCUAUGGAUAUACAACAGAUGACAUCGUAUUUUUUUGGCAAGGAGACGACAAUGCUGUGACCGGGGUCGACAAGUUGGAGUUACCUCAGUUCUCCAUUGUGGACAUCCGCUUGGUGUCCAGGGAGGUCAGGUUUACUACAGGUUCAUAUCCGAGGCUUUCAUUGAGUUUCCGGAUUAAGAGGAACAUUGGCUAUUUCAUCUUGCAGACAUAUAUGCCCUCCAUCUUGAUCACCAUCCUCUCCUGGGUCUCCUUCUGGAUCAAUUAUGAUGCCUCUGCAGCUCGUGUGGCCCUCGGUGUGACAACGGUGCUUACCAUGACCACAAUUAACACUCACCUUAGGGAGACCCUCCCAAAGAUUCCUUACGUGAAAGCCAUCGACGUCUACCUCAUGGGCUGUUUUGUGUUCGUGUUCCUGGCCCUGCUUGAAUAUGCCUUUGUAAAUUAUGUGUUCUUUGGCCGGGGCCCUGCACAACAGAAGAAAAUCAAUGAGAGAUUGGGCAAAGUCAACAACGAGCGCACAAGAUACGAAGAGAAGCGCCUGAGGGAACAGGACUCCAUUUCCGUGCCGUUUCAAACCAACACCUUCAGGUCAUUUACACAACGAAGAAAUCUGUAUCUCGAGGAACAAAGAAAAGUUGGGGUGGAUGCUUAUGGAAACAUCCUCCUUACAACGCUGGACAUGAACAACGAGGUGAUGCCUUCUGACGUGGGUAGCAGCAUCGGUGACUCUCGGAAUUCCGUCAUGUCCUUUGACAGCUCCGGGGUCCAGUUUAGGAAACCCAUGACUCCACGGGAUGGCUACAGCCCCCACUCACUGGACCGAAGCGCCAUGCGGAGCAGGGCCAACUGUCGGCUACGACGACGCUCCUCAAAGCUCAAGUUGAAAAUCCCAAACCUGUCAGAUGUUAGCACCAUUGACAAGUGGUCCCGGGUCAUUUUCCCUAUUACCUUUGGAUUUUUCAACCUAAUCUACUGGUUGUACUAUGUGAAUUGAUGUGCAUCCCACUAGGAAUCAUGGGCCAUAUUUUGAGAGCACAUUAAAUUGGCUUUGAUACAGUUCCAAAAUAUGUAUACACAUAUACAAGUUGAACAUAUGUAUAUGCAUAUUUCCAUAUAUUAUAUUUAUAUAUACACAUGUGAAAUCUGAAGGACCUUUCUGCUGUACAGAGUAUUACUAGGAUGACUUGAAUGUUUAAGAAUACUUGUGCGAGAAGAAUUUCAACGCCUUGAGUUUCUUUUUCCUCCUGAAACAAACAUGUUCCCCAUCAAAGGGGUUUUCGGAACAAAAGACUGCAUGAUAUUUUUUGCUAAAAAAAGAAAAGAAAAGCAAAAAAAAAAAAAAAAAGAUUAAAAAGAAAAAGUGAACGCUCUUGAUAGAGAAAAGAUGUCUCAGAGUUCCAUUGACUUUUUAUUGAUACUUAUCGUACUCAGAAAUCCUCUUCAACAGCUUGAGAAAUCAGCAGUGGCUUGUCUGUCCCGGCGUUGGCUCAGUGAGGUCUUUGGCACCACCUUUGAUCCCCGCUCACCUUCUGCCAUUACCCAACAGAAUGACGUACGGAAACCUACAAUUCUACAAUGUACAGCGACCUUGUUUGGAUUAUGUGGUGUUCCUUGGCUUUUUUUUAGAGUGAAUAUUGUUCACCUUAUCAGACAUCAGGUGCAGCUAAAUGGUCUCCAUUUGGUUGGCAUAUUGAUAGGUUAUUAAACCGCUGCAUUUACACCCACAGUUUAACCUUAAACUUGUGUUCCUGUUUUUCCUCUUUUUUUAAAAACAUACCCUAGGUGGGAUGUGGGUGGGAGUGGGGUUUUGGGAAGGGGAAAAAGAUGGGGAUUCCUUUUCAUUCUAGUUAAAAGCAACCACUGCUUAUUGUAGAUAUGAUUUGUCUUUAAAAAAAAACAAACUGUGAUUUCUAAGAGUGUCAGAACAUGUUCUAGUGCUAGGGCAUUAUGAGGUAAAAGAGUCAAAAGUAUGCAUCGCUGAUUUUGCUAAAAAAAUAUGGGAAAAAUAUUCUGUACAUUUCAAAUACUCAGCUUUCUCAUGAACAUAGCCUUGUGCUUUUUUUCUUUCCUCCUAAGUGUUGAAUCACAUUCUGCUUAGAUGCAGGAGUUCAUUGACGUCGGACCAUGCUUUGUGUUUGCUACACAGAAACAAGGGGGGAGGGGUUGCUUUUGUUACUCGUUUAAAGUAUUUCCUCUGUAAAGAUAUAAGAUGUAUAUUCACAAAGAUCCACCCAUGUUUCUUUCAAGAGCCAUCAUUCGGUAUAUUGUAUUCCUUUGUUUACGCUGCAUUUUUUGGUGUUUAAGUCACAGUGUCUGAAGGGAAGAAGAUUUUGAAUUGAGAUAGUACUGGGCACUCCGGGAAAGAGGCGUAGAGAGAAGAGGGUUUGUCAUAGUAGCCUUAUUCAACAGUUACACAAAACUCCAUCAGGAUUAGGAGGGACCUCUAGGGAAAUCAGUCUGAGAAAUAGCCAUGAAUUUAAUGAAAUUCUGACCAAAAGUGAAUAGAGGUACCGGUACAUAGUAUUUGGUUAUACUUACCUUUUUUUAUGGGGAGGAAAGUCUUCAGUCAUUUAACCCCUUCACCAUUUCCUAGCUGUAAUUUUUGGAUGCUCAGUACACAAAAAAAAGGCUUUUUACAUGAUUGAUUAAAAAAAAACUAUUGACGUUUGAGCAGUUCUUACAAUUGCUGACCAACAAUACUCCUGUCUUUUAUUUUUUUAUUUAAAUAUAGCUUGGAGCUGAAAGUCUUUGAGAAUUAAAGGCUUCCUUACCAUCAUUGUAGUAUUCAGCCCCCUCUCCAGACUCUCUAUCAGAUUCUGGCUGGGCCAUUAUAAUUAUAUUAAAAUAAUAUAUUAAUUUUACCUUCAGUCAGAAAAAAAUUGAGUACAUUGAGUGAAACUAUGGCUUUUUUGGCAGGGGAAUAAGAAAAUAAAGCUACAGUGAAAAGAUAACCGAUAAAACGUACCCAUUGAUUAAAUGAAAGGGUUUCUAAUAUCUUGUUUACAGGUACUAAAUAGAGGCAUACAUUUGUGAAGGGGUGAACUGGUGCUGAGCCAAAGAAGAAUUUCUGAUGGAUACUACUGUGUGCUCAAUCCGACGUCACUGUAUAAGAUUCUUUAUUACAUUUGAAUGGAGAAGAACAGAGGCAGAGAUUUUUUUUUCCUUAUGCCAACCAUAAUUAAGUCCAAAAGCAAAAACAGAACAAAAAAACAUCAUGUCGACCAAAUAACAGUGGCUUAGAAAUCUUCCUCCAGGUAUAGACUAUAUGAAGAGUAUGAAGAAUUACAUCCUGGGAGAACAAGAUAAAGAUGGAAAAGCUGCAGAUGGAGAAGCAGAGAUAUCAAUUUAUCAGAUACAUGCAUUCUCCUUUAAAACACGGUAUGCACAGGAUUUCUUCUAAAAGGAAUACUGAUCACAAACCAGUGUGUCUUAAUGACGUUUGUGCAGUGCUGUGGCCAGAAGUGUGGGUUUUGAUUUGAGUAUCUCCUUUUAAAAGAAAUUCAUGAAGCAUUGUCACAUUUUAAGCACCACCUUUAAUUGUUCUAACAUCCAUGUACUUGAAAUCAAAGGAUCUAUUUCCAUGUAAUUAGGAAAUUGAUUCAAAUUUAUUAUCAUACCUUCUCCAAGCAAUUGGCAGGUAACACUCGUUAAUAAUGAAGUAGGGAAUUCAAAGUUGGAUUCAAAAGUAAUGCUGAAAUAAAACAAACCUUUGCCCAGUGCCAGAUGUCCAAGCACUUUACUGAUUCAACAUAACGGUUUAAUAUCCCAAUCAUAAACUUCUUACAGAGGCUUUAAAGCUGUGACAAAAUAGAUCCACUUUUAACCUUCAUUUCCCUCGCCUUUAAAUAUAUUUUCUCUUUACCCCCUUUCCCCACAGUGAAACUCAAUCUGCUGAGAGUACUUGGGGCAUAAACACUUUACUCAGCCUCUUACACAUAUGCAGUAGUACUCCCCGACACCUGUAAACUCACUUCAGCGUUGCUGUUCCCCUUUAACUCAUUAUAGACAUCCCUGUGAUACGUAUGCUGCAAUUAUAACUUCUGGCUUACAGAAGUUUUCUUAUGGGAGAUGCUCAAAUGGAAUCAUUAAUAGAUGUGGCUCUCUUUUAGCCAGUUAUUUGUUGCAAUCAGAUUAAUGAGUGAAACGUGACUGUGUUUCCAAAGUAUAGAUUAUGUCGAAAUCGGUACACUUUAUAAAUUGUUAGAUGUGGGUAACAAUUUUGAGUUAGGGCUGUUUUAGAUGGCCACAUUUUUUUGUUUUACACCAGUGGAAAAAAAUAGGUGUCAAAUGUAUACUAUUUGUUUGGUUUUGUUUUGCAAAAAUCAGAGUAACCCUGUUCUAAUAAAAAUAUGAUAGAUCUUUAUGAAGAUUUUAGAUUUAGAAUAUAAGGCCAGAGAAUAUUAUUUGUUCCACUGCAAACCAGGCAGAUAUUACUGUGUUUACCUGCCUGCUCCGUGGUCUCAAUGAGAUGCACUUACAGUAUAUCUUUUUUCUAAUGUAAACCAACUCAAGUAUCAAACUGUUAUUCAGGUUGGUGUUAUUCCCAGAAAUGAAUGCCUUUUCAGGUAUUUUACUUUUCAGAUAGUACACUAAACACAUGAGGGGUAAAAUAAAUCACUAUCGCAUCACUGUUCAUUUCAACCACUACAUGUAUUACCAGCUUUCUGGACAUGAAAUUAGCACCUUCAUCCCAAAUGCUGUGAGGACAUUCUGUUCUGAAACUUUUUCUUUCAUAUAUUUGCUUAUUUGGAGAGGAUUUUUUUUUUCUUCCUUCGAACACUUGAGUUCAAUAAGUAAAAAGGAGGGUAAAAAGUGUUGAACUGAUUUCAAUGUGAAUUUUCUUGCCUCUAGUGUAUAUGUGUAAUUACAUGUGAAUUGUACUGUAAAUAUAUCUUUCACUUAAUAGUUCUUAAUGCAUGAACAAAAACAUAGCAGUUCUUAAUACCAGCUAGCCUCACUGCUAAUGGCAUGGACAGUUUUUCUAGCAUUGGCACACUUCUGCAAACGAAACCUUAACAAAAAAAGAAUAAAAAACAGAAAAAAACAAAAGAAAGGAAUACAUGGUGUGAACAAAAUAAUGACGAAAUUGGGACAAAGUUCUUUCGCGGUGAUGGAGUGUCUAGCUUCAUGAGGUUAACGCUAAUGCUAACUGAAGCGGUCGUUAAUUCCUAGCGAGUUUAAAAGUGAUGUUCUGUUGUUUAGGCUUUGUACAUUUAUCUGUUUGUUACCUGAUGUAUUUUUUAGGAGAUUCAGCACAGUCUACUUACCUCAGCCACUCACGAAGCACUCAGUUGUCUAAGAGUUUUAUCAGAAAACAUAAACAGCUAGCUAUCUUACAAUAGUCAGAGGAGCAGGGUUGCCUUAAGAGGGCGAGUGGGAUGUUUUUUUUUCCUGUUCCUCAACAAUAAAGUCAGGAGUGCCCUUGAGCAAGGCACUUUUCUAAAUGCCCAGGCACAGCUGCUUGGAGUCUGUGCUAUACUGUAGCAAACAACUAUAGCUAGCAUCGAGCAUAGCUAGCAAGUCUGUGCUGGACUGUAGCAAACUUGAGCUUAUUUAGAUCAUGAUUAGCAAACUGUAGCCUGGAGAAAUAAAUCACAUUUCCCUUAGUUCUAAAAAAUGCAGACAUUUAAAUAUAGAAAGUCGAACUAAACAUUUCAUAUAAUUUGUGCUCUUUUCUGUCAGGCAAAUUGUCACCGGUGGAUUCAUUAUUUUGUUCACACCUUGUAGGUUUUUGUUAGCAUGACCCGAGUUAAAAAAAAAAAGGUUUAUUUUCGUAUAUUUUUACUCUACACCAUCCAGUUCAUCUCCACAGCCAGGACAAAAAAAAAAAAAAAAGAAAUAUCCAGUGUUUACAUGCUCAAAUUGCACUUGUUUUACAGCCAGCUCUAUAAAUCUUGUGAAACAAACUAUUCAUAAAGCUGGAGGACAAAUGUCACAGUGGAGCGCACAUUUUGUGAUUUUUUGAUAUUUUUUUUUUUUUUAUGAAUCACAGUUGUGUACUUCAACAAAAAUGAAUUUACUGUAAAUCAGUUUAAACCAGAUGCACCAAGUGCAUGCUACAGUUUUAUCAGAUUCUGCUUAAGCAUCUCAUCAAACGCCCUUCAACUACAAAGGAUGUAGAGGAUGCUUUCCAACAGCGUCUUAACAUAUAAGCCAUGUGAUUGCACACUGAGUGGGUGUUCCCUGUAUUCUCUCUUUGAUAAGUUGCCUCUGGUUACGGCCUGCUGUCAGUUACUGUAUGAGGGUGAAUUGCAAGACACUGUGCCGAUUCCCAGUUUCCCACACGUCAAUAUACUAUACCUCCCUCUUUUUAAGACCCUUUCAGAAAGACUGUCUCAUAUUUAACCAGUAGGUAAAAAAAAAA